UGAGGUGACAAAACUUUGAGGUUAUCUUUUCUAAUCAAAGAUGUACUUUGAUGUUUUCAAUUAGUAUGUUUACGGUUUUAAUAGCAACUAUAAUAGAAAUCUACGUGACAUUUGGAACAUACUAGAAGUGUUGCAUAAUAUUUUAGUAUUUGGUGGCAUACGUCCUGCAUUUUCACAAAAUUAGGUUGGCUGUGAGUUGAGUAGAUUAAUGUCUGCGGCCUUGCAGUUCCUUGUAGGCUAGCAAGCAAUUCAGUAAAUGGCAUAGCUAAUGUUUUUGCGUAAAAAUGGACAAUAGUGCAGUUUGUGAAUGGUGUAGAAAACGUGAGAAUCUCCUACGCUGUUCAAGAUGUCGAAGUGUCCAUUAUUGUUCCAAGGACCAUCAGUGUCAGGACUGGGAAAAUCAUAAAAGGUUAUGUCGAAAACUGUCUAAGAAUAAACCUAACGAAAAUAGUAAAGGUGGCAGUAUAGAUAUUGCAAAUCAAAAAUCAUCGUUAAAAACGGAUAAUCAGAAUGUAUCUAAGGGAACAGGUAGUAAACGUUCAAACAAAAAGUCCCAACCAGACCGAACGACUAGUCCGAUCACUUUUGAAGGCAGUUCUGAGAAUGACAUCAAGAAUGCUUGUGUUGAAACCUUGAAUCCAUCGCUAGAUUUUGGAGAAAUGCCAUCUAGCUCAAAAACAACAGAUUCUGACACGUUACUAAAGUCUGAGUGGAAGGAUUUCUCUGAAAUUAGGUUAGACAACGGUGUUCCUUUUCAACAUAGUUAUGACAGUGUACAGCAGAACACGAUUGAUAAGGUGUACAAGCAUGUGGUGAAAGAUAUGGACACAUAUGGUGUAUGUGUCGUGGACGGGUUCUUGGGUGCCGAAAGAGGUUCGGCCGUGUUAGACGAAGUGUUGGACAUGUAUCGCAAAGGGCUGUUUAGGGACGGGCAAUUAGUUAGCAAUAGGGUGAAUGCUGAUUUGAAAACGAUUAGAGGCGAUCAAAUCAUGUGGGUCGACGGCAAAGAGGCGGCCUGCAAGAACAUUGGCAUUCUGAUUGGUAUUUUGGAUGCAAUUGUGAUGAAGGCCAAUCGGCUAGCCGAUAAUGGGAAAAUGGGCGAGUUUAAUAUCAAUGGACGAACUAAGGCAAUGGUGGCAUGUUACCCUGGCGAUGGCUCACAUUAUGUGAAACACGUGGACAAUCCAAACAAAGAUGGCCGCUGCAUUACAGCCAUCUAUUACCUAAACAGAGACUGGGAUGUCGAGGAAGAUGGCGGCCUUUUGCGGAUAUUUCCUGACGGUUGGAAAGACCAGGUGGCCGACAUUCAGCCGCUCUUCGACCGCAUCCUGUUCUUCUGGUCCGACAGGAGAAAUCCACACGAGGUGCAAGCUGCCUUCCGAACCAGGUAAACACUGUCAUAUUGCAUUCAUGUCGAAUUUUUUUUCUCAUACAGGACUGUGCAGCCUCAGCACAGCC